CUCCAAGUAGCAGGUGAAAUAUCGGUCUCCAUCCAGUGUUACAAAAAUGAAUAUGUACGCUGUGCCCAGUCCGGGAAUACCAGGCUGUCCACCGGGAUUAGAAUACCUCACUCAGGUGGAUCAACUACUCAUCAAACAGAAAGUUGAACUUGUUGAAGCUCUUGUUGGUUUCGAAAGCAACAACAAGUAUGAAGUACGUAACGUCAUGGGUCAGAAUGUGUUCUACGCGGUAGAAGAGAAUGACUGUCUGAGUCGGCAGUGUUGCGGUCCCAUGCGUUCCUUCACCAUCCACGUCCUCGACAAUUUUGGACAAGAGGUCAUUACCGUCACCAGGCCCCUUAAGUGCAUGUCCUGCUUCUUCCCUUGUUGUCUACAAGAGCUGGAAGUGCAGUCUCCCCCAGGUAACACAGUGGGGUACAUUAUACAACAGUGGCACCCGUUCUCGCCUAAAUUCAUCAUUGCUAACGAACACAAUGAGCCUGUACUGAAGAUCCAUGGGCCCUUCUGUGGAUGGAGCUGCCUUCCAGAUGUUGACUUUGAGAUUUUGACAAUGGAUGAAGUCAGUAAGAUUGGGAAAAUCAGUAAGCAGUGGACAGGACUUCUACGGGAAGCAUUCACAGACUCAGACAACUUUGGCAUCCAGUUUCCCAUGGAUCUGGAUGUUAGAAUGAAGGCUGUUAUGAUUGGUGCAUGUUUUCUCAUUGAUUUCAUGUUCUUUGAGACCACUAACUAGGAGCCAAACAGGAUUCCCAUGUAAGCAUACAACAUUCCUGGAAGAACAAGGCCAUAACACCACGGUGAUCAGUCCCAAAUGCCCUAAUAUAAGAACAACCUUCAAAUGGAUAGUUAAACGAAAGUACCAGAAGGUACCUAAAUGUUAUAAUUUUGCAUGAACAAUGAAAUAGAAGGUUUGUUUUUAGUCUUAGCUGCUCAGGUUGGUUGUUAGAACACGUCACUGAAUACAGAUCUGGUCAGGGCUGUGAGAACACAGUGCAGUGUUUUUAGACAAGCUCUUCUUUUGUGUUUACAUUUCUGUCCUGGAGUCUAUCCGGGCCCAGAAGCCUCAGAUACUCCUAAAAGGAACUUGAAUAGAAGGAUCACUUUGAUGUGUAAGUAGAUUAAAAGGGAACACCUUUACAAGCAAACACUGAAAGACGGGUGUCAUUAUGAUUUGAAAGUGUUAAUGAGAAAAUGGCACUUGUGUCAUUUGGUGAUAUUGAUAAAGAUGUUAAUUUACCUUGAACACUAUGCUUGUAGCUGUAUUGUGUGAUAACUGAAGGACUUGUUUAAUGUAGUAAUUUAUAGUUCAGAUAUUUAAAGCCUCUAUUUAUUGAUUUAUAUUUUGGUAUGUUAACAAUAUGUCAAUAUAGAGCUAUGUAUGUUUGGGCACUGCUUUGUGCGUGUGUUUGUGUGUCUGUGUGCUAUGAGUGUACUUGUGUUUUUUAAAAAUGAAACUAACAUAGGAUACAAACUAAUGGUUUUGAUGCCAUAAUAAUUAUGCACUGUUAGCUCUGUAGAAAGGUUGUUUUUUUGGAAGUGGACACGGUUAAACCUUCUACUGUCCCAUUCUUGUCCACAAGAGGGAGCUAGCUUUUCAUUUAAGAGUAACCCAACACAGCCCAAAUAUACAAACUCAAUACCCGCUUAUGCCAUAAGUUUUUAUUAAAAUAUUACUGUCAGAUGACAUUGUAUAUUUUUGGACAAACUCAGGUUGAAAUGCAUGUUAUUGUAAUAUAGUGUUGGCAACUGCUGCCCCAGGAAUGACACCUGCAACUUAUACUAUGAAUAUAAAAGUUGAUCAAUAUUUUGGAAGAAGUUUUGUACGUUAUGACGUUUUCUUUCAAAUACCUUUAUGUUGCAUACAUGGAUCUUUUUCACUGUUACAUUACACGUGGUAUUAUGGUUUCACAUGUUGAAAAUACACAAGUUAGGUGAAACAUUAAUUCCGUAUCAAAUCUCCUUUGAUACGGAUGUGCACCAUGCUUCAAUGUGGAAUUCAAUAUGAUUUAAUGAGUGUGGCAAUCAGUCCUAUCAUGGAUGAUACACUUUAAAGUAAAAGUAUUGUAGCACAGACAUAAUCCAUGUGCUACAUCAACAUUAGGGCCAUUAAGAGCUUGCUUGUAACACCAUGAGAACAAUGUUUUUUCCUAUCUAUACUAUGUGGUAUGUG